AUGUUGUCCGCGAGGCGCGCGUUGACCGGUUGUUUCGAUGGUGUCCUGGAUAUGUUCCAAGAUGUCUCCAGCUCUUUGGGCUGGGCUGAAAAGAUGAACGGCGCGAUGGUUCCGGUCUCGGCCGCGGAGCACGUGAAGAUGACGCUGAAGUCGGGAAAGGUCCCUGAGGAUUUGAGCGGCGUCUACCUGCGGGUGGGGCCCAAUGCCCAACACUGGCCACCCAAGAAGCGCACACACGCCUUCGAUGGAGACGGAAUGGUUCACAGUGUGCGCAUCCGCCCGGGGGGAGACGCCAGCUACCACUGCCGUUUCAUGGAGACGCCUCGACGAUACAUCUUUGAGAAGGAGAUGGGCUCCGAGUGGUUCUUGCGGGUGGGCGAGAUGCAGGGCAUUGCGGGACUCUUGAAGAUCAUGACCACCGGGAAGAAGAAGGCGAAGCUCUCGGGUUUGGAGGAGGAUGAGAUGGGCACCGCCAAUACUGCCAUAGGAUUUACGCCAGAUGGAAAGCUUUGGGCCUUGAACGAGAGCAGCGCGCCCUUCCGCUUCACCCUCGAUGAGGCGGGUGUUCCGCACUCCGUCGGCUUUGACCACCUGCAGGGGACCUUGAAGGAGUCCAUCUCCGCACAUCCGAAGUUCGAUCAGCGCACUGGCGAGAUCCUCUUUCAUGGGCGGAAGCUGCCGACGAUCUUCUAUGCGGGGAGAAUCGCGGAGGGCAAGCUGGUGGAACGCGUCGACAUCGACAUGCCUGUGGGUGGUUUUCAUCAUGAUAUGUGCAUCACAGAGAAUUACAUGGUGAUGAUCGACGGUGCCAUGGCCUUCACACCACAGGAAGCCAUCAAGGGCAAACAGCUUUGGACCUUCCAAGAGGACAAGAAGCUCCGCUUCGGCAUUUUUCAUCGAUCCAAGAAGCUCACACAAGAGAUGCCUUGGUCUGGAUUGAAGCAGAUGUGGCAGCUGAGACCUUUGGCCGAAGCGGUGAGACACCUGGGGUUUACCGGCAUCGCCGACUUCGGGGUUUUGGCCCCCGAAGUCGUCGGUCGAGCUGUUGGGGCUUGGAUUGUUCACACGUGCUACGCCUACGACGAAGGGGACGAGAUCGUUUUGUGGACACCCUUGUGCUAUUACAAUGCCACUGGGUUGCUGGAUGUGGAGCGAAAAUGCUGA